AUACAACUAGUGAAUCAACUUAAACAACGUGAUGUGUUUGUUUUGGCGGUAUGGUACGAGGUUUUUGGGGCUCGCCUCGAUCGAUCAUUUGUACUACGUAUCGUACCGUAGUGUAUUAGUAGUAGUAUUCUACAAAGUAUUUUUCGGUACCACGCUUUUCGUACGCUUACUAUGAUGGACUCUGGAGCCAUUCUCUUUUCCGCAUGCGCUUCCAUUUGCAUCGUCGUCCGAAUCGAACCCACCCCGUUGAUCGUUCUGCGCCAUCGCUCUCCUUUUCUGCACAGCAACAGCAACAGCAACAGCAACAGCAACAGCAACAGCACGCAUCCACAUCCACACACACACACACACGACACCCAUGUCCAAGACGACGGAGGCCCUCGUCCGGCAGUCCUACCGGUCCCUGCUCCGGCUCGUCCACCGCCUGCCCGAGGCCUCCUCCCCGGCCUCGCUCUCCCCCGAGGAAAGCCUCCGCUCGCUCCGGUCCGCCUUUCGAACGCCCCUGGCGCCCGGCGAAUCUGUCGGGGACCGCCUGGAGGAAGCCGAGUCGAAGCGCUCCUUUCUCAAAAUGGUCACGCCCAGGGAACGGCCAAGCAGCAGCAGAAGGACCGAGGAAGGGGCCUCGCCCAGCCGCGUGUGGGUCUACCGGAACGGCGAGCGCCUCGAGCGGGACGGGGCCUCGCGGGUCCGCGACAAGAACGGCAGGGUCGUCUCCAACUGGGACGGGAAGAACCUCGACCCCGACAGCGUCAAGCAGCACAACUACCAGCUCAAGCGGAUGGGCUUUCGGAACAACGCCCACGCCAAGGGGAUCUUCUAGGUCGGCUGUUUUUGGAUGUGCGUGUGCGUGUGCGUGUGCGCAAGCACGCGGAAGGGUCGCACGCACCGGGUGACGGCAGUUUCGGCUGGGCAGCUAGAAGGAUCCCAGCACACAGCUUGCGCGCAUUUGCAUCGUGAAGUUUCUGGAACAAAGGCGAUAGGUGACC